AAUAUAAAACUAGAUCCGGGAAGUGAUGCCAGUCAAGUAUUGGUGGUCAUCCCGGACACCAACACCAACAACACCAACAACAACAAGUGGUUAAUGAGAUACACCUACAAGUGAUUGAUGGUAACAAUUGCACCGAUAGUCGUAUACAUCAGAUUUUGAUGAGACAACUCAUGGAUCUGUACGACUGCGGUACUGACCAGUGUUGUUGUCGAUACGCCAACAAUGAGCUAGCCAUGAAAUGGUUGGCCCAUUUGAUGGCCUACCAGUGCUAUGUAGAGGUCAGCCAACUGAUGGGACGGUUGACGGAUAAAUGUUUCAGACAAUUGUCAGUAGAUUUACGUCCGAAAUGUCCUGAAUUAGACAAUCAGGUUAUAGUCGGUUAUAUGAGACGUGUGUUUGUUACGCGAGUGGUGGCCAGUGAUGACGAUGAUCAGUAUCGGCGGGUGUCCAGUCACGGCAGUAUUGGCCGUCAUUUUCGGACAAAAUCAAUGGACAACACCAACAACACCGACAACAAUAAGUGGGAACUGACUUCCCUAUGGUAUUGGGUUUACGUACUGUUUCUGAUGACAAUCGGCAUAAUAUUGUUGACAAUCAUACAUAUGGUCUUCAAGAAUACCAUGAAAUACGAGUCCAAUCUUCAGAAAAGACAACAACAGUUACCAUCGAUUGAUAACCAAAAGAGGAAAUGUGUGCCAAAUAUUUAUGCCAACAUUUAAUUGAUUGAUUUAUUUAUUUUUUUGUAUAAAUAUUAUUGAUUUAAAAAAAUUAUUUAUGUAUUUAUGUC